CGCCCGGUUUCCCCGCAGCUUCUCCAAGUUCAGCAGCUAGUGACACACGGACUGCACUCUCGCGCUCAGCUCGGGAUAACGGACAGAGCUGCUUCUGAUCGCUCUGUAUCUCCAGAUCAUUUCCGCGCAUCUGUCAGCGAGACUCGGACGCGGAUCUGCAGAGGGACGGUGUUGUUGUCGUUACCGGGGACAGGACGCGCUUGGAAACGGCGGUGAUCCGUGAAUGGAUGCAUCAUGUCUUCGUUUGUGUGCCGAGUUCAGUUUCUCGACGACACCGAUCCGUUCAACAGCACGAGCUUCCCGGAGCCGACCCGAGCUCCUCUCUACACCUUCAGAGAAGAGCUGCCUCUGAUCGAGCAGAUCGCGGGGGUCCACAGGCUCCUCGGGGCCCCUCACAAGCUGGAUGACUGCGCUCUGCAGCUCUCUCACACUGGAGUGUAUCUGGAUCUGGAGUCGACUCUUGACGAGCAGAGAGAUGAACUCGAGGGAUUUCAGCCUGAAGACUGCGCAGGGAGGGGAAAGAAGCACAGUGUGAUCUUACGCACUCAGCUGAGCGUCCGUGUUCACGCGUGUAUCGAGAAGCUGUAUAACUCCAAUGGCCGUGACCUGAGGAGGGCGCUGUUUUCCCUCAAGCAGAUAUUCCAGGACGAUAAGGACCUGGUUCAUGAGUUCGUUAUGGCCGAAGGUCUGACGUGUUUAGUUAAGGUCGGCGCUGAAGCGGAUCAGAACUACCAGAACUACAUCCUCAGAGCUCUGGGUCAGAUCAUGCUGUAUGUGGAUGGGAUGAACGGGGUCAUAGGUCACACCGAGACCAUCCAGUGGCUCUACCUGCUCAUCGGUUCAAAGUUUCGUCUGGUGGUCAAGACAUCUCUGAAGCUGCUGCUGGUGUUUGUUGAGUAUUCAGAGUCCAACGCACCGCUGCUCAUCCAGGCCAUCAACACUGUGGACUCUAAGAGAGGCUGUAAGCUGUGGUCAAACGCCAUGGAGAUUUUAGCAGAGAAGGACGGUGUGGACACAGAGCUGCUGGUCUAUGUGAUGACCCUCAUUAACAAGACGCUGGCGGCGCUGCCCGAUCAGGACUCCUUCUAUGAUCUGGUGGAUGUUCUGGAGGAGCAGGGCAUAGAGAGUGUGUGUAAGCGUUAUAUGGGCCGUAAGGGAACAGAUCUGGAUCUGCUGGAGCAGCUCAGCAUCUACGAGGCCACUCUGGGGCACGAGGACGGCGUAGAAGACACUCGCCUUGACAGACGGACAGAGGGGCGGGGCUUGCAGAGACGCCGCAGCCACAGGCAUUCAUUGGGCAGAUCAGGCCACGCCUCCACACUCAGCCCCGCCUCCAAACACAGCACAAACUUCCAGGAGCUCAACGAGAGGACGCUCUCCACAGCAGCCAAACAACACAAAGACCGGCCUGCUGUGGACGGCCUGCUGUCGUCCUCGUACCGUCAGCAUCAGGAGUCUCUGGCGGCGGAGAGAGAGAGACGACGUGUGGAGCGAGAAGAGCGACUGCAGCGCAUCGAGAGAGAGGAGCGCAACCGACACAGUCGGGACUAUGUGUCCAACAUGGAGGAGGCCAGACACGCUCGAGAGGAGAGGUUUCGGACGGCCGAGCGACUGGCGGACGAAGAGUUUGAGCAAGAGCGAAUGCGUUCUGCGGCUCGAGGUCUAAGCCUCACUCUGAGCCCGACGGACACCUGUCAAUCAUCCCGCAGUGCCACGCCCUCCCCUGUGACAUCACAGGAUGAGCAGGACACGCCCAUCACGUCGUACCUGCCCUCUGAACCAGACACCAAUGAUCUAGAACCAGACGUGGAGGCCAGUCUAGAACCCGAGGAGAAGGACGUAGAACCCAGAGAAGAACAGGAAGAGGAAGUGGAGGAGAUGAGUGCUGAACAGGAAGUGGGCGGAGCCGAGGAGCGGGCGGAAGAGGAAGAGGAGGGGUCUGAACGGGAAGCGCCGGAUGGAGAAGCGGAGGACAGCGGGAUCUUGAGUGAUAAAGAACGACAGAACGAAGAAGUGAACGAGAAGGACAACUGCUCGGCCUCCAGUAUAUCAUCAGCCAGCAGCACACUGGAGAGAGAGGAUGGAGCCCCUGCAGGAGCCGAGACGGGUCAGUGUCCUCAGAGCGUCAGAGACGUGAAUGAACAACGAAACAAGAUCCUCGACAGCAAGCUCUUCAUACUGGACAUGCUCUACUCGCAGAGCAAGAGACCCUCGGAGGAAGACGAGGACGAAGACGAGCUGGCCGAGGACAAGGAGCGAGACGCAAAGGAAAAGGCUGAGGAUUCGUCGCAGGACGCGACACCUCAGGAAGAGAACGAUGCUCGGCACGAAGAAGACAAGAAAGUGGAGAACCAGAGCAACGUGCGAGCUUUUGCCGAGCGCUUCGGAGACAUCGUGAAGGGUCUCACCUCUCCACCAAUAGAAACACAGGAAGCUCCUCUUUCUCCUCCUCCUCCUCCGCCAGCUCCGAAGAAGGAGUCGGACUCUAUCUGGGACCAGCUGAUGGCGAGUCCGCGGGAACUGCGCAUCGGCGACAUCGACUUCACCGAUCUAGGAGACGAGGAUGACCAAGAUGUCCUGGACUCUGGGAGUUUAUACAGCUCUGGCGAUCUGCUGGCUCCGCCCCCUCCGCCACCGCCCUGCCCCUUUAAUCUCCCGGCCCCGCCCCCUAUGUUCGGCUGUCCUCCGCCCCCUCCCAUGUUCAGCAUCCGUGUGCCUCCGCCCCCUCCCUGCUUCUCCAGCCAGGCUCCGCCCCCUCCUCAGCAGCAGGCGGAGCAACCUCCACUCUUCCAGAAGAAGAAGAAGACCAUCCGCUUGUUCUGGAGUGAAGUCCGUCCCGCCGACUGGAUCUACCGCAACCACAAACGCAGCCAAGAGUCGCUCUGGUCCAGACUUGAACCUGUCAAAGUUGACACGGCUAAACUUGAACACCUGUUUGAAAGCAAAUCCAAAGAGAUGCCCGUGACUAAGAAAGUGGCAGCGGAUGGGAAGCGGCAGGAGAUCAUCAUUCUGGACUCCAAACGCAGCAACUCCAUCAACAUCGGUCUGACGGUUCUUCCACCGCCGCGCACCAUCAAAACUGCCAUACUCAACUUUGACGAGUAUGCGCUCAACAAAGAGGGCAUUGAGAAAAUCCUGACAAUGAUUCCUACGGAAGAAGAGACGCAGAAGAUCCAGGAAGCUCAGCUAGCAAAUCCUGACAUUCCACUGGGCAGCGCGGAGCAAUUCCUGCUGACCCUGUCCUCCAUCAGCGAGCUCUCAGCACGCCUGCAGCUCUGGGCCUUCAAACUCGACUAUGAAGCCAGCGAGAAGGAAGUGGCCGAGCCACUACAGGACCUUAAGGAAGGCAUGGAUCAGCUGGAGAAGAACAAAACGUUGCGCUUCAUCUUAUCGACCCUGCUGGCGAUUGGAAACUUCCUAAAUGGCUCCAGCGCCAAAGGUUUCGAUCUGACGUAUCUGGAGAAGGUUCCUGAGGUGAAGGACACGGUUCAUAAGCAGUCGCUCCUGCUUCACGUCUGCAGCAUCGUGGUGGAGAACUUCCCAGAGAGCACAGACCUAUAUUCUGAGAUCGGCGCUGUCACACGCUCCGCAAAGGUGGACUUCGACCAACUGCAGGAGACUCUGACUCAGAUGGAGUGGCGCUGCAGAGCAUCAUGGGACCACCUGAAAGUCAUCGCAAAGCAUGAGAUGAAGCCGGCACUGAAGCAGAAGAUGUCGGACUUCUUAAAGGACUGCGCUGAGAGAAUCAUCAUCCUUAAAACUGUCCACCGCAGGAUCAUGAACAGGUUUCGCUCAUUUCUGCUGUUCCUGGGUCAGCCGAUGUACAGUGUUCGUGACAUCAGCGUGACUCGGUUCAGUAAACUGCUCAGUGAGUUUGCUCUGGAGUAUCGCACCACACGAGAGCGUGUCCUCCAGCAGAGACAGAAGCGCGCCGAUCACAGAGAGAGAAACAAGACGAGAGGGAAGAUGAUCACAGACAUCAACACACAGACGGAUGAUGAAGAGGACAGUGAGGUGGGUCAUGUGUGUGUGAGCAGCAGCAGUAACGCUCCCGUCGAGCCGCAGAUCGAGCCGCAGAGUUUGUGUCACGCUGAAGAAACAGCUGAACACGAGCAGAUGAAGGCCGUGCUGAAGAGCAGCCUACAGAGAGAAGACAAUGACAGCACCGGAGCGAGGGUCCUCAGGACACGCACACGCGCCAGCAGAGGCCGCACUGCAUGGACUGCAGCGAGCGAAGAGUCUCAGUGCACGACAGACGACGCUGCAGACGAGAUCAUGGAGAGAAUCGUACGAUCAGCCACUCAGAGUCCCAGAGAACGAACGCAACCCCGUGAACGCCGCCGCUCUCGCGUGAACCGCAAAUCACAGACUAAUGCUAACAUUGUGUCUCAGUGAGGAGGACUCUGAAAGGCGGUCUGACCGCAGAAGAAGCUCAAGCGCUGGGAUUGGACACAUCAGAGAUGCCUUUGUAAUGGGACAUCCCGUCCAAAGCACACUGAGGCUGUUGACUUCAGCAGAACUCAUCUCAAGACAAGAGAAAAUCCAACAUACCAAAGUAAAAACAUGGUUUAAUAAUGAAACUGAAGAAACUUUCACUGGUCAUAUAUACAGCAAAGCUCCGCCUCCACACACUGUGUGUUUGAUUCUAAGCCACGCCUCCUCGUUACAUACACGCCUCACCAGCCAACCGCAGGCCGUCACUGUGAUGAUGUAAAAUCCCUUUACAGUUUAGUUUAAUGAAAGGGAAGAUAAGAUGUUUUUACCCCGACUGAACACUAUCUCAGGGUUUGACUGUCAUUUUAUGUUUGCAUCGGUCAGAUCAGUGAAACUGUGCUCUGAUACUUUGGAUUAUUUAUUGUUAAAUGUACAAAAUGAAGGGACGACUUUCAACAGAUAUUUAACGUGUGUAUAUUUUAAAUCCUACAAUCCUAGAUGUGGUUUUCAGACAGUAAAACUCCUUUAAAACACAAACAGACUCUUUUGUGCAGUUCAGUUUUAUAUCUUUAACCCUCAUAAUUCAGAAGAAAUAUAGAAAGAUAUUUAAACAAUGCAUAGUUUUUAGUAAGGGAACCAAACUUUGCAGAUGCGUUAAGAUCCUUGAAAUACACAUAGUUUAUUUUUU